AUCCAGUUUUUAUCUACACUAUGAGUCCUACCUAUGAGCAGAGUAUGAGCUCACCCGGAGGGUAUCAGUUGGUGAGGUUCCCUCGUAAGUCUAGUCCGAAUUCGAAAACGUUCAGAUCACGAUUAAUCGGAGUCUGUCUUUUUUCCGAUUCGCCUAAGUGAUUACAUGCUUCUUUUUGGUAUUUUCACCGAGUGAUGUUGUUUCUUUACAUCCUCGUUCAGAUCGUUAGCGGUAACAUCUAAGAGUUUUUCUCUACACUGGAAUUCAAAGGUCGAAUGGCUCAUAGAUGUGCAACUCCCGUGUUUUUCAGUCCGAGUGUGUGUUUUGUGAGACUAAGUCCGAUAUGAGUCCCAGCAUACAUUGUUUUCUAUUUCUAUUCUUUUUCUUCUAUUUUUCUCCGAAAGACACUGUUUCUUUACAUGGCUUUAAUAACAAAAGACGAAAACAAAAAAUUUGUAUGUAACUCUGUACAUAAAUAACCUUCUCGCAAUGGCACCUCUAUUCUGAGAAAUGCUUCCUUAACGACUGCAUAAUGUCUGUUGACAUAAAAGGUAUUUUUAUAUAAUAUUCGUCACAAAUACCGAUAGAGAGUAAACAUCAUGUAACGAAAAUAUUUCCUCCACUUGAGACAGUUUGUUUUGUUCAUAGUCAAUAAUGGAUAUGAGUCAUUAAGUUUUGUUAAAAUAUGAAAUCAAAUUUCGACAAUAUACGGUGAAUAAAAACAAAAAUUAUAAAAUUGCUUUGAAUUGAAAACGAGUCAUGAGGGCUCGUACCGCAUGCUUUACUUUCGUUGUUCUGUUUCAGUACAAUUAUUUACUUGACUCAGCUCAAGAAAACUUAAGGGAACCACUAAACAAGCUGCAAGAUUGAAUUUUCAAUUUUCACGAAUUAAUGAGAAAAUGUGUGUGAAAGCAAGUUCCAGUUUCAUACGUCUACAAAUACAAACUUAUAACUGCAGAGCAAGUACUAGUCUAUGUCAUAUUGAAGUAUUAUCCAGCAAAUUUCGCUUCUAGUGGUAAUACAUAACGUCAAUUUUCUUAAAAUGUAUUGUUGGCCCUUUGUUUUAUAUAUUCUUAUCAUCGGAUUUAUUUCCUGUAUUACAGCUGUUAAAUUUGAUCCUAAAAUCGAUGAUUAUAAUGCGUAUGGUUUGAAAUUAGCUGCUAAUGAAGUGUUACUAGUUGAAGCACAAAAUGAUUAUCAAGUAUUUCUCGUUCAAUUUGCUCCAUACAAUACCAGUGAAACAUCUCGUUCGUUAUGCUAUAUUGCUUUUAAUGACUCAUCUAACUAUAUUUACAACGUCGGUAUAGGUAAAAAGCAAACUGCUAAUCAACAAUACUUUUUUUUCGUUGGUGAAACAAUUGGACUCAAUCAAGAUGAUGAAUUAAACCGAACAUUUAUUGGAAUGUUAAACUAUACAGGGAAUCCUGAUCUAACUGCUUCGUUUUCAUGUGAUCAUUUUGAUUAUGAUAUCAAAUUUGUAGUGACUGCUUUUCAUGAAGAAUACUACGUGGUGGGAGUAGAACCACAGGGGACAACUGCUUAUGGAUUUACCAAUCAGAUGAUUCUUAUCUAUGAUAUUCACCGUAAUCUGAUCACUCUGGAAGGAAAAUUAGUAUGGCCUAAUGAUACGUUUGUACCUCAUGCCGUUGACUUUCAUCAAAAUUUUGCCGUAAUAGCAGGAUUAAUAGAGACUGAUCGAAAUUUACGAGCUAAGUUUAGACCAAUGAUAAUUUUACUUCAUUAUAAUUCGACAGGAGUUUCCGUUAUAAGUAAUUGGUCGUACACAAUAGACAGUAUUUUGCAGGAAGGACAGACGUUUAACGGGGCGAAAUAUUACUCACCAAAAUACGAUAUGUCGGUAGCUAUUAAUGAUGAUGGACAAGUACUAGUAGGAAUACAAUCACUGGAUACGGUGCUGCUAUUUUCGGUUAACGUUUCUAAUCCGACAAUGCUGACUCUUAUCACUCUUGCAGAUAAUGGGAGAUAUAUCGGUUAUGGGAAAGCCGUGGCUUGGAUGGAAAACGGCAAUUCAUCAGCUAUUUUAGCCAAUACCUAUUCUAUGAGUUAUCAACUGGUUUCACCUUCCAAGAUCUAUUUGUAUAAUAAUGGUUUUAUAAAUUCAUUUGAUCCCACUUUUAUUCUUCCAAAUAGUCAACAGACACUGUCAGAUAUGGCAUCGACAUUAAUCACUAUUGUUUCCACACCAUCUGCUCUCGCCAUCCUCGAUAUUAAUGGUAAUGUGUUUGUCAUUCUUCCAAGUCGACCUGGUUAUUACUCAUCGACGGCCGGUGGAUAUGAAGACACAGAAAUAGAAUUUUCUUCAGAAAUGCCGUGUAUAGCUGGAACAUACAAAGAUGUAACCAGUAUUCAUCCUUGCUCGUUAUGUCCAAAAGGAUUCAAGAAUCCUGGUAAUUCUGGAAACAUUUGUACACCAUGUAAUUUAGGAACAUUUUGUUCAUUGGGAGCAUCUAAUGAUGUCGAUUUAACGGUUCUGCAAAAUGUUGUUCAAAUUCGACCAUUUCCAAAAUCACCAGAGAACACGAUAUUCGAUGAUAUUCUACUGCGAUACAUAUUCGGCAUUGGUCAAUCAGGCCAUUGUACAGCGGUAUCACCCAUCUUUUGGGCACUGAUCAUUGGUGUACUUGCAGUAAUUGUCAUGGUCGGGAUGGUUGCAUUGAAGUACUGUAUAAAACACCCUAAAGCUAAGUAUACACGACAAAUGUUAAGAACAAUCUUUAAACAGAUGGAUCUCAUUGGCAAAGGUGAACUAUGGAUUGGAGGACUUGUAAGCUUCUCCCUCAUGGCACUUCUUUGCUUUGCAUAUGCGUUUAGUAGUGCCUAUUAUAAUCAAUAUCCUAUCGAGAAAGUAGGUCCUUCCUAUUUUGCCUGUGAUACUGCUAUUAGAAAUGCAAAAUUUGCAUCAAAUAUACGAUCGUUAGCUAUUUCAUCCUUAGACGAAGAACAUGAAAUGUUUAAUAUGUUGGACGAGCAAGAGUUUACAUUAAAUGUUGAUUUUGUGAAUACAGUCUUCUCAUGUGAUAAAGUAACAGUACAAUAUUUAUUAAGUACUUUUUGGAAACCACUCGCCCUGAGUUAUUGUUCACAUUCAAACUUUACUUUGUCUGUUUCCGUCGUACUACCCGAUAAAAUGAUUACUCUUCAAUUUACAUUAUCCGAUGUUCAAAACAUUGGUGGAUUACGAAUAGGUUUGUCGGGCCCUGCCUCCAAACAGGAACAGUAUACGUUGGACGAAUUAAAUUUUUAUCAAUCGUUUAAGAAAGAUGGUCGAAUGUUGUCUCAAAAUUCCAAAGUAAACAUGCAAUUGACAAGAAUCAUCAAUGAAACAGCGGCGUUAAUAGGAGAUGAGUCAGAAUUUAACUCCAUAUGGGUUGCAUCAUUCGCUCCUAAUAAUUUAUUUUCCACUCAAAAAGACUAUAUUUACUUCACAUCAGAUGAAACCACACUGACGGUCACAAUUAGUGAGACACCCUACUAUGUUAAAAAUGAACAACAGCCCAUUGCUAAACAGACAGAGGUGAUAUUUCAUAAUCUUCUAUGGAUUGCUAAGAACACGUGUGUAUCGUCAAUAUUUAUGAAAACCGAGAGUGGCAAAGAGGCUAAACAGAAUAAAAAAUAUAAAACUGAAAUGUCUACCCGUCAAUUUCCCAUAUCUCAUCCAGAAACUUAUUAUUUUUAA